AUGCCGCCAAACGCCGGUGAAGUGCGGGACUCCAUUGAGAACAUUUGGGGCGACCGUACCCCUUACAAACAUGAAUGGCCGACUCGUUGUGAUGCCAGCACCACUGAAACCCCGGACAAAUGGGUGCAAAGUGCAUGUGUCUUGUGCAGCAACGGUUGUGGGCUAGAUAUUGGAGUUAAAGAUGGCCGAGUCAUUGGCGUACGGGGACGGGUUAGUGACCGAGUCAACAAGGGCCGACUUGGGCCUAAGGGAUUGAAUGGAUGGUCUUCAAUCCAUCAUCCAGAUCGCCUAAAAACUCCCUUGAUCCGUCGCGAGAAUGGCCAACUCGAACCUGCAUCCUGGGGCGAAGCCAUGUCUUUGAUUGCGGAAAAGGCUAAAGCAACUAUUGACAAGCUGACUCGCCAUGGCAUCGGUUUCUACACGUCGGGUCAGCUGUUUCUGGAAGAGUACUAUGUUUUGGCCAUGAUCGGUAAGGCUGGCUUGAACACUUUGCACAUGGAUGGUAACACAAGGCUUUGCACCGCAACAGCUGCUGCGAGUAUGAGAGAGUCAUUCGGCAGUGAUGGCCAGCCUGGGUCUUACACAGACAUCGACUACACCGACUGUCUCUUUCUCGUAGGCCAUAAUGUAGCAGCCACGCAGACUGUACUGUGGGCGCGCAUGCUUGAUCGAUUGGAGGGCCCCAAUCCACCAAAGCUCAUUGUCGUGGACCCUCGAGAAUCAGAAACGGCAAAACGCGCCACCAUCCAUCUGAGACCCAAGACUUCAACGAACCUCGCCCUGCUGAAUGGUCUCCAGCAUCUCCUUUUCAAGAACAACUGGGUCAACAUAGAAUACGCUACCAAGUAUACUGUGGGGGUCAACGAGCUUCGAGAGGUUGUUAAAGGGUACACGCCCGAUGUCGUGGAGAAAAUCACAGGCGUGCCGGCUCAGCAAUUGGAGGCCGCUGCUGAGAUACUCGGCAAGACCCCUUCGCUCCUAUCAACUGCUCUGCAGGGCGUCUAUCAAUCGAGCCAGGCGACCCCGAGUGCCUGUCAGAUCAACAACAUCAAUCUUUUGCUUGGCCACAUCGGCAAGCCGGGCAGCGGCAUCUUGCAAAUGAACGGCCAGCCAACGGCCCAAAAUAAUCGCGAAACAGGAUGUGACGGUGAAUAUCCAGGGUUCCGGAAUUUUCAGAACAAACGUCACAUGCAAGAGAUCGCGGAUGCAUGGAAUAUUGACCUGGUCAAGAUGCCUCACUGGAACCAGCCCACGCAUAUCGAGAACAUGUUGAAGUUCAUCGCCGACGGCUCCAUCGGCAUGUUCUGGAUCUCGGGCACUAACCCCAUGGUCAGCCUCCCGAAUCUGGCUCGAGUGCGCAAGCUAUUCACCAAACCUGAAUUGUUCGUGGUCUGUCAAGACAUCUUUCCGACCGAAACCACAGCAAUUGCCGACGUAGUUUUGCCUGCGGCGCAGUGGGGAGAAAAGACCGGCUGCUUCACCAACGUGGACCGCACCAUGCAUUUGUCGCACAAGGCCGUUGAACCUCCCGGGGAAGCGCGCGCAGAUCUGGAUAUUUUCCUGGAUUUUUCUCGGCGCAUGGAGUUCAAAGACAAGCAUGGCGGCCCCCUCAUUCCGUACAAGACCCCCGAGGAAGUUUUCAACGCGUGGAAGAAGAUGUCAUAUGACCGUCCAUGUGACUGCAGUGCCCUAACUUACGACAAGUUGACCGGCGGCUCCGGGAUUCAGUGGCCCUGCACCGACAAAUAUCCCAACGGGAAAGAACGCCUGUUUGACGACGGUAAAUUCUUCACCGACAUCGACUACUGCGAGGACUUUGGACACGAUCUGGAAACGGGAGCGCCUUUGACCAGAAGCCAGUAUGAAUCGUUGAAUCCGGCCGGCCGGGCAAUCUUGAAGGCUUGUCAUUAUCGCCCUCCACUGGAGACAAUCAACGAUGAUUUCCCGCUACGGCUGUCGACUGGACGAAAUGUUUUCCAUUUCCACACUCGGUCCAAAACCGGUCGAUCCAAACGACUUCAUCAGGCGUAUCCCGAACCGAAGAUUACGGUCUCUCCUGCAGAUGCGGAAAACUUACAGCUUACAGAUGGAGAAAUGGUAGUCGUUCGUUCGAGAAGAGGCGCAAUCGAGCUGCCAGUCGCUAUCGGAGAGAUUCAUACAGGCGACGUUUUCAUUCCAUUCCAUUUCGGAACCCUCAACGCGGAUGACGAGCGAUCUCGUGCCGCCAAUGAACUGACUCUUGAUGAAUGGGACCCUGUCUCGAAGCAACCGCGCUUCAAGACGGGUGCCGUCCGGAUUGAGAAGUGUGUCCAAAAAGAGACUGGGGACGAGGUCCAGGCAAAGGAGAUGAUCAGCCAAGCGGCCAAGCAAGCAGCAAAAAAGGCCAAGCAGGAAGCAUCUCAACAAGCCGGUGAGCGCGUCAGAAGGCUUGAAGUUUGGCUGGGAGCCACUCAUGAGGGGCUCGAGACUCUGCUGGAUAUCUACAAAAACCUUCUACCACGGCUGGUCAACGACUCCGAGGUCCACUCUGGAGUGCGGGAGCUGACCACCAUCACGACGGAGAUGCUGAAAAAUAUCCGGCCUCUGAUCGAAAGGUAUGACGAGAGUCGGCGAUUCGGCCGGGAUCUAUGCCACAAGCUACGGGAGGCCAUGUUUCCGAAAUCGGGAGACCGCCAAGAUCCAUGUGAAGCUCUCUCUGUGUUACAAUCUCUGCAACUCUUUGUCUCGUAUGUUGAAGGGCACCUUGUGGCUCUCACCCCGACGAGUCAGGCCCUGUGGGAUGAUGAGUUCAUCAAGGCGGUGGAUUUCUGCACCGAGCAGCUUGAGCGCCAGAAAGCGUGGAUCAAGCAGCAAGUGAAGGUCAGAGGCCCCCAAACUCUGUUGGUGCCGAUAGCAUUGCCUUAUGAGCUACAGACGGGGAAUACUGGAUUAGAGGGAAGCCUUCGGGGGUCUCAGUCUGCAUAA